CAAACGAUAGGGUUAAAAUGGUGAAAACACACUCAUUUCUUCCUCUUGAUCUUCAUGUUCAUCACUCGUCAGCUUCUUCUCCGGUUAAUCAAAUCGCCAUCUUCCCCCAAAAAAAACUGCCCCACACGAUUUAUACACACAUAAGACACAACUUUAUUAUCUGUCGAUAAAAAGUCUAAUUACAUAUAUAUAUAGCUGUAUACGUGUAUAUAUACUCAUCCACAAUUCUUUAACUGAUUUCUCUCCAUGGACACAGUCCUUUGAUUUUCCUCAGUUUAAGUUUUUUUUUUUUCUUGUUUACUUUCAAAUCAAUCAAUCAUGAGAUUCAGAUCUCUCAUCUCUCUCAUCUUCCUUCUCUUCUUCACUUCAUCGGCGUACGCUCGAUUCGUCGCUGUACAUCCAUCUUCGACUGAUCUUAUCUCCGAUGGAAUCGACGGUGGAAACAUCGGCCGCUCCGGAUCGAUUAUCCAGACCGUUGUUUCAGCUCCUCCGGCUGAAGAGAAAGAGGAAGCUUGUGAACAGACCUAUGGAUUUAUGCCGUGCACUAAGACGGCGCUCGGAAACGUGUUCCUGAUUCUGGUUUACGGGUUUCUUAUGUUCACGGCGGCGACGUAUCUCUCUGCCGGAAGUGAGCUUCUUCUCGAGAUCCUUGGCCCUGGAAUCGUCGGCGGUUUGUUUCUUCCGAUGCUCGGAGCACUUCCUGACGCUAUGCUUAUUAUGGUGUCUGGACUUUCUGGAGACGCGGAAACUGCUCAAAGCCAAGUCUCUGUUGGAAUGGGUUUGCUCGCUGGCUCCACCGUUAUGCUUCUCACUGUGAUCUGGGGAACUUGCACUGUCGUUGGCAAGUGUGACCUUCGUGAUACAAUUGCUGUGAACAACCAAGACACUAAACGCUUCAGUCUCAAAGAUUCCGGUGUGACUGUUGAUGUUUGGACCAGCUAUGCUGCAAGAAUAAUGGCUAUAUCGGUUAUCCCGUUCGUCAUUGUCCAGCUUCCACAGAUGUUGGACUCAACUUCUGGAAGACAUUUGGCCGUGUUGGUUGCUCUAAUCCUCUCGGUUGUAAUGUUGAUCUCUUACUGUGUAUAUCAGGUUUUCCAACCGUGGAUCCAAAGGAGACGUCUCGCUUUUGCGAAGCACAAGCAUGUUAUAUCAGGAAUCUUAAAGCACUUGAAACAGCAUGCUUUGGGAAGGCUUCUUGAUGAUGAAGGUCAGCCUGAUGAACAUGUCAUUCGAAGGUUGUUUGACACGAUUGAUGCAAACAAGGACGGACACUUGUCAGCGGCUGAAUUAAAGGCGCUUAUCAUUGGGAUCAGCUUUGAGGAUAUCGAUUUUGACAAGGAUGAUGCUGUGGGAAAAGUUCUCCAAGAUUUCGACAAGACUCUUGAUGAGCAGGUUGAUCAAGAAGAGUUUGUCCGUGGAAUUAAGCAGUGGCUUCUCCAGGCAAUGGGAGCUGCUGGUCCAUCUGGUCCUGAUGCGGGUCCUCGAACAAUGAAAUUCCUUGACCAUUUCCAUGUGCAAACAAAGAGAGAGCAUGCUCUGUUGGGAGAUAAUGAAAAUGGUGAGAAUGAUGAGGAUUCAGGGGAGGUUGCAGACCCUAAAUGGAUCACCAUUAAAGCAGCUCUGCUGCUACUGUUGGGAGCUGCCAUUGCAGCUGCAUUUGCUGAUCCUUUGGUCGACACAGUUAACAACUUCUCCGCAGCCACAGGGAUCCCAUCUUUCUUCAUUUCCUUCAUUGCUUUGCCUUUAGCCACCAAUUCAAGUGAAGCCGUCUCUGCCAUCAUCUUCGCCUCCCGGAAAAAGAUCAGAACCGCCUCCUUGACUUUCUCCGAGCUAUGUGGUGGAGUGACAAUGAACAACAUUCUGUGUCUCUCGGUGUUCUUAGCAAUCGUCUACGUUCGAGGACUAACAUGGAACUUCUCAUCAGAAGUGUUGGUGAUUCUGAUCGUUUGUCUCGUGAUGGGCGGUUUCGCUAGCUUCCGCACGACCUAUCCUCUCUGGACAUGUUUCAUAGCUUACCUGCUUUACCCACUCUCCUUGGGUCUGGUCUAUAUUCUUGAUUACUGGUUUGGCUGGUCGUAGAGUGAUCUCUUCGUUUCAAAGGUUUCUUCACAUGACUGAGUUUGUUCUUGCGAGUGUUUCGCUUUCUUUUCUCUCUCCCUCUCUCUUUAUGUUGUGGAUUCGAGGGUGUAAACCAAAGUUAAAUUUCUGAGUAAUGAUGUGUUUGAAACACUGUUAUUAAAGCUAAAUAUUAUUAUUAUCUUUCAUAUUUCUUCCGCAAAUAUUAUCAUUCUCCCGCCCCUUUAUGGUCGUUCUUCUACUCUAUAGAUGUUAC